UAUUUCUUUGUUUCAUGUGCAUAAAACAACAACAAUGGUGGAUAAUUGAAGAAGUGUGAAUAUUAGGAUGAGCGAAUGACAUUUCCAGUUACAGUUACCGGACCGAUAUCACAAGUGAAUCAACAGGGGGAGGAUGAAGCGGCGCAAUGCGGACUGCAGCAAACUCCGACGGCCGAUAAAACGGAACCGAAUCACCGAGGGUAUAUAUAGCAGUACGUUUCUGUACCUGAAGUUCCUGGUCGUGUGGGUGUUAGUUCUGCUGGCCGACUUUGUGCUGGAGUUCAGGUUUGAGUACCUGUGGCCCUUCUGGCUGUUCAUUCGAAGUGUCUACGACUCCUUCAGAUAUCAGGGACUGGCGUUCUCUGUUUUCUUCGUAUGUGUGGCGUUUACAUCAGACAUCAUCUGCCUCCUCUUCAUCCCCGUCCAAUGGCUGUUUUUCGCUGCCAGCACCUACGUUUGGGUCCAGUAUGUCUGGCACACAGAAAGAGGAGUCUGUCUACCCACUGUAUCGCUGUGGAUCCUGUUUGUGUACAUCGAAGCUGCCAUACGGUUCAAAGAUCUGAAGAACUUUCACGUAGACCUGUGUCGACCCUUUGCUGCUCACUGUAUCGGCUACCCGGUGGUGACUCUGGGCUUCGGCUUUAAGAGCUACGUCAGCUACAAGAUGCGACUGAGGAAACAGAAGGAGGUGCAGAAGGAGAAUGAGUUCUACAUGCAGCUUCUCCUGCAGGCUUUACCGCCAGAGCAACAGAUGCUGCAGAGGCAGGAGAGGGAGGCAGAGGAGGCUGCUUUAGCUAAAGGGAUCUCCGAGGUAGAACCCACAGUCAUAUCCCAAAACGGAGCACCUGCUGGAAAGAAAAGCACCUCAGUGCCACUACCAGAACUGGAGUACCGGGAAAAAGGGAAGGACAGUACUGCAAAAGAGCGCGAGGGCAAAAAACAGAACACAAUUGGAAUCAAUAACAACAGUAUUAUACACGCACUGGACUCCAAACUACAGGAGACAGAGUACAUAGAGAACUACGUCGGGGCAAAGAGACUGAAUAACGACCUGGCAGGAGAGAACACACACGCCGAUACCAACACACACUCUGCUUCUAAAGAGGAAAUGGGGGGAACGGGGAAGAACUACAAAAACGCCAGCGGAGGUGGAGGUAACAUUUCCAACUCGUCUCCACGGAAUCACAGUUCUUCAAACGGCAGCGUGCCGGCAGGUUCCUCGACCAAUAAGAAUGAGAAGAAGCAGAAGGGGGCGGGGAAAGGCCAGAAGGAUCCAGUGGAGAACUGCAUCCCCAACAACCAGCUGGGCAAACCGGACGCUCUCGUACGGCUGGAGCAGGAUGUGAAGCGACUGAAGGCAGAUCUUCAGGCCAACAGGCAGUUGGAGUCAGAGCUGCGGAGUCAGCUUUCCUCUCUGAGCAGCCAGGACCGCAGCCUACGCUCUGAACUUGGCCAGCUCCGCCAGGACAACGAGCUGCUACAGAACAAGCUCCACAGUGCUGUCCAGGCCAAGCAGAAGGAUAAGCAGACCAUCUCACAGCUGGAGAAGAGGCUAAAGGCUGAGCAGGAGGCUCGCGCCCUCGCUGAGAAACAGCUGGCUGAGGAGAGGAAGAGGAAGAAGAUGGAGGAGGCCACCGCUGCCAGAGCCGUAGCAUUAGCUGCUGCCACCAGAGUGGAGUCGACAGACUCUCUGCGUGGUCGUAUCAGAGAGCUGGAGACGGAGUGUAAGAAGCUCAGCAUGGACAUGAAACUUAAGGAGGAGCAGAUUAGGGAUCUGGAGGGCAAGUGCCAGGAGCUGCGGAAGUAUAAAGAGAAUGAGAAGGACACAGAGGUGUUGAUGUCAGCGCUGUCAGCCAUGCAGGAGAAGACCCAGCACCUGGAGAACAGCCUGAGUGCUGAGACCAGGAUCAAGCUGGACCUCUUCUCUGCACUGGGGGAUGCCAAGAGGCAGCUGGAGAUAGCACAAGGCCAGAUCCACCAGAGGGAGCAGGAGAUCGCCGAGCUGAAGCAGAAGAUAGCCGAGGUGAUGGCAGUGAUGCCCAGCCUGUCCUACUCAUCAGACGGCAGCAACCUCAGCCCCGUCACCCCGCACUACUCCUCCAAGUUCAUGGACAAUAGUCCCUCCUCCCUGGACCCCAACGCCUCAGUCUACCAGCCCCUCAAGAAGUGACUCUGAUAUCCACACUUUUGUCAGACAGAACUUUGUCUCUUUCUUUAUUUCGGUGCAGCUCUUAGUUCUGGUUUGGGUUUUUAUUUUUUUUUAAGUUUACCAGCCCCCUGACAGUUUUUGCACUCUAAUGUACCACAUACACACACAAUGCACACAACCCCUCCAUACAUAUGUGUAUUUGGCUCCUUUUUUUGGUUCUAUUAUGAGAACUAUUAUUUUGAGAGGGUUGUGUACAAUAUUUUUUGUUGAGUUUUUGGGAUUUAGCCAUUAGACAGCGUGAUCUGUUUCGAAGGGGGAGAAAGGAAACACAAUUUGUUGGCCAAUUGUCUACCGAAGAGCCGUCAUGCAUCGCUUCAUGUCAGUCUUCUUUUAGUGUCAGUAUAAUCUCCCCCCACAGCCACGCCUCCUUCUUUAGUGAACUGACACACAGAUAUUUCAUUUAAAAAGAAUUGGCUUUUCAUGAUGGUUUAUAAUAAAGGGACAGUUCAGAUGUUUUAAGUGGUGUGUAUGAGGUUCUUAUUGAUAGUCAAUAUGUUACCUACAGAAAGUGGCAGUCAGCACGUCCCCAGUUUGGAGAACCAGACAGACAUGUACUGACAUGGAAGCUCAGCAAUGUCCUGCUGUGAACAGGGGCAGCAGUAAAAUGCAUUUUAGCCCAAAAAGGAAUUCAAACCACGCUUCACUUUGCUUUCAGACGGCCCUGUUUACGUCUAUCCAGGAGGAACCGAAGCUGUUCUGUGCUCUCUUCAAAGCCACCAGACUCCAUUGACAAAAACUGUAAUUUUACUAUGCUGAACACGGGAGUUGCUGGUCUACGGGUCACCAUUUGUUGUACUGUGUGAAUUAGGUGUUUUAAAGGGUUAGUAACAAUUCACCAAAGUCACACAAGAACACAAACGAACCGAUUGCGGCAGCGGUAGACCAGCAAGUUGCAUCUUCUGCUAGGUAAAAUUACUGUUUUUGUCAAUGGAGUCUUGUGGUGCAUAGAACGGCUUCAGUUUGCCUUGUGUAAACUUAAACAGGGCUGUGUGAUGGCAAAGUAAAGCAGUGAAAACAUUCUAAAUAUAGUGAACAGCAAAGCAGAUAUUGUUUUUUUUAGGUGGAUCUUUUUUAGGUGACUAAAAUAUGUUUAGCUGCCGCCCCCUCCACAGCAGUACAUUGCUUAUCUUCCAUGCGUGCUUCUCCAAACUGAGGUCUUACUGACCACCCUCUCCUAAAGGUAAUGCACCCACUUUGGAUAAGAAACUCGUAAAACCCCACUUUAAACAAAUCCCAACUAUCCCUUCAAGGCAGAAGACAUGUUUUCAGUUGACUUUGAAUAUGAAACUCCCCUGUAAAGUAAAGCCCAGUGAGAGAUACAUGAAUGUAAAACUAUUCAUGUUUUGCUAUCACCAUUAACUUAAAUCAGUGAUUGUUUGUUUUGUAAUGUUUACGUUCAGUUACGACAGUGUACAUUUCUUCUAAAAUAGUGAUAUUGAACAGAUAAACGUUUGCUGUGUUCUUCAGAUAUUCCAAUACAAUUUAUCCUCUUAAUGCUGGAAUAAUGAAGUCUCCAGGAUUAUCAGUUAGUGGAUGAAGCAGAUCUAGUUCUGUGCUAAAAAAAAAAAAAAUUGCUACUGCUAGAUUGGACCCUGGCACUGCCAAAAUGUUCACCUGUUUGCUGCAAACACCUUUCCUCUCCCUCUGGACCAAAUUAGAACCUGAUAGGCCAUAUUGUUCACUGGAUUUAAUGAUGUCGAGGUAACCAGUCGUUACUGUUAUUUGCAGAUUUUACAGUGCCUUGCAGUUUCUCUUUUUAAGAUGCAAAAACCACAUACUUUGCAAUCCUGGGAUCUAAAAGCUGCGUUUCUCUCUCUCUCUUGCUCUGAUUUGCCUGGUUUUCACUCAAGAUUUCUCACAUUCUGAUCCUUUCAAUUUAAAAGGCAAAAACAAUUACGUGUCAGCUUGGACACAUUCAAUCUUUUUCCUGCGUUUUGAUCACAAUAUUACAGACUUAAAGGGAAAAAACAACACUGGACAUGUCAUUUCAUAGUGACACAGUCUUGGUACGCCAAACACCAACCAAACUGAUUGUCUAUUAUCAUGCCCUAUAGUUGGCAUUUAGUUGUUUACAACAAUGUACAUUAACUUACUGAGGAAUGUUUGCUUUGUUUAUUUCAUUUACGUUCUUAAGUGCCAAGUGUUGAUGUUCGGUUUCCAUCCAUACUUUGAUCGAUGUAGCUAGCAUAAUGUUUGCAGACGAGUGCUGUUAUUUUUUUGUCAUUAGAACAUAUUGGGAUGGUGUUGUGUUUACAAGGUUCUGGGCUGAUCAUGGCCAAGCAGCAGGUGGUCACUUGGACUGAUUGUGUUCUCAACACAUUUAUUUAUUCGUUUCAGACUUUUAUUGAGUGGCACCUCCUUGAUAUUUCCCAUCAUAUUCAGUUGAUUUCCUAUAUUUUCUACCAGGAAGGAUUCUGUGAAUGUGUUGUGUUGGGAAAAAGGUUUAAACCCCCCAGAACCAUUUGACCAUGUUGUGCUGUCAUGUUGCCUACCUGGAAAAAGUAUUAUUUGUGGAUCGCUCUGGUGUUGUGAAUUCAGUUCUCGAGUUGCUUUUAUAAGUUUGUGUAGAAGGAAGAGAAGGUUAAAAAAGUGCUUUGUUUUCUCUUUUCAUUGUUCCACCAUGUUUGUUUUCUUUUCUCAAAGUGAUGGUGUCUGUGGCACACUUUUCACUUUGGCCAUCACUAUUAAAGAAAGUCUUGCUGGUGGCAAUGCAAGCUGUUCAGUCUA